GGUUUUUUUUGGAAUUUUCCCAAAGAAAUUCAUAUGAAUAAGAUUUGUUCACAAGGACAGUGGUUAACGCCGUUAGAAGGCGUCAACGUUUACAAACGACCGUUAAAUAAGUAAAUACUGAUCACAGUUUGCCACGCUGGCAAAACUUCUCGCAGAGGGCCCACCAAAUACUAUAAAUCUCGUUAUAAGGCCCAAAAAAAAAACGAAAAUGCAGAGUUGCGAUCAUAGAGAGAACAAGGAAGGAAGAGCGGUUAUGUUAAUCAUGACGUCAUCCUCUACGAUUCUCACCGGAGAAGACGAUGAAGAACACCGCACGCCGUCUUCGGCAGAGGACGACACGCCUACGCAUUCUCAUCGACGGCGGUGGAGCACUCCGGUGAAUUCCGGAGGGGAAUCUCUUCAGAGCUUCUCCGUGAGCAGAUCUCUAUCAGAUCACGAGAAUCCCGACGACGAGUGCAGCAGGGAACAUAGAGGAGGGAAGAUAUCGCCGUGGGGACCGUAUGGACCGCCGCUGCUAACGGAGUCGUCGAGAUCAAACGCGCCGUCGCCGCGUGGAGAAGAGAGGAGAGGAAGAAGCGUGACGAAGAAGCGAGAUCUGCCACCAUUUUUGACGACACUGGAUUGUAACGGACGGCCGAGAUUUCAUCACAGGAGAGUGAGAAGCGAAGGAAGGCUAGAGAUUGCCAGCGUGGCAGUAGAUUCACCGGAGAUCGUUAGUGUUCGGGGAAGAGAAGGACUAAGAAUCGGAACAGUGAGAAUCAGUCAACAAAACGACGAAGGAGAAGAUGAUGAUGAUGAGAAACAGAAUCACUGAUCUUCCUCGUAGAAUUUUGAUUUUUUCUGCUAAUUUUCCGGGAAAAAUCCAAGUUGUAAUACUGAUCCGUUAGAGAAAAAAAAGAAGGGCAUUAUGGGCUUUACUAUUUAGGCCCAUAUUAAUAUUUUUGCUAAAAAAA